AUGCACAGCGAUCGCCCCCAUCAUCUGCUGGAACAGGUGCCUCUGACCGUGUCGCCAUUCGUAUCGCUUCCGACGGCGGCAACGCUAUCGUACAACUAUAAGACGAUGCCGUCUACGAUCCCGCCCUCGGCUCUGGGCAUCCCGGCCGCGGCAUCCUCCGUCUCGGACGACCACCCCAAGCCCAAGUACAUCGUGUCCAACUCUGGUCACGCAGCGCACCCAGACGACAUCCGCGCAUCGUGCGUCGCUCUGCAGGCCCAUCUUUCCAAGAUGCAGGAGGACGCCGAGCGCGAGCUGCGUGAGCUAGAGGAGAGCAUCCGCGACCGCGAAUUGGCUGAGAAGAGGAGGGUCGCCCCCGGCUGGCUGGACAGCGAGGCACGUAUGCUCGAGCCCGAGAGGGUCGCCGGCCAGGGCCAGAGCCAGAGCCAGCCGCAGGAUAGUCUGAUGGACGGCGAGUCAGAAGAGCAGAAGGCCUCGGCGGGCGCCACGUCGGCCAUGUCGGAUGAGGGCGCACAGCUAGACAGGGCGUUCGGAUCUAUGCAACUGCAGCCCCAAUAG